AUGAAUUCCGCUUUAGAUUUUGCUUUUCCAGCUACAUUUCCGGCGAAACCGAGUUAUGUUGGCGGAAUCCGACGCGGGAUUCAUGCUUCUAGAUUCGGUUCCCGCGUAAGAGUGUGCUCUCUUCCUCCUUCUUCAUCUCUCAAGGCUGAGUCAUGCUUAAAAAGAGACGUGCACAGACAAAGAAGCAGUCUCGAGUCAAUGUUCUGCUAUGAUAAGUCCAUACCAGAGGAAAUAAUCGAGGAGCCAGUAGGAUUAUCCAUGUCAGAGAAAGAGAUUGGUGAUAAUAGGCGUUGCACUUGUUGUGAAGCUAAAGGUGCAUUGCUUUGUGCCACUUGCUCUGGAACUGGUCUAUAUAUAGACUCCAUAAUGGAGUGCCAAGGCAUCAUUGUUAAAGUCCGUUGCUUAGGUUGUGGUGGAACUGGUAACAUUAUGUGCAAAAGUUGUGGCGGUCGUGGUCACGUAGGACACUGA